GACUGGGUUGGAUGAGGUGGGAAUGAAUGGCGCCCGGGGUUCCGGACUCAGUCCUGGCGCCGCUGUGCGACUCGGCUCUUGACAAGCUACUUCUUUCUCUGAACCUCAGUUGCCUCCUCUGUAGGAUGGGGAUCAGAAUCUGGCUAUGGCAUCCUCGUUAUGGGUUGGAGUGAGAAGUCAGCUCGUGCAUGUCGGAGCCCCUAGCUCAGCGUCUGGCACACUGCUCACUUGGUUGCUAAUACUGUUAUUGUUUGUAUUGUUGAUGAUGUUUGUACUUGGUGUGGAAGAGCUGGGUGUGGGAGCGUGGAAUUGGGAGCCAGCAGAUCUCAGUUCAAGUCCUAGCUACACUUUGUGGUAGUGGAACUGUGCCUUCACCUGUCUGAACCUCGUUUUCCUCGUCUAUACAACGAAGGCUAUUAGCCCCAAUAUCAUAGAGUCAUUGUGAGGAUGCUGAUGAAAUGUGCGUGUAAACUCCUUAGCAUAGGACCUGACAGUAUAGAGCAGGAGCUCAGUAGAUUGGGACUAUAAUAAAAAUGAUUCUGAGAGUCAUUGGUGUAGAUGGGACUUGCAAGGAAGAGAGGAGGAAGGAAGCUCAGAGACGGCGAUAGGAAAAACUUGGAAUCUGGAGCUGGGCAAAUCGACAUCCCUCCACUUACUAUUUGAUAAAUUAGGCCAAAUCCCUUAGUAUUACGUUUUCCGUUUUCUUUAAAACUGAUGCAUUUUCCUCCAGUCAGUUCAUUUGAGAAAGAAAAUUUGUAUUGCUUUGUUAAUGGAAAACUAGCAUUUUGGCCGUGAGAAGAAGGAAAACUUAACCUGAACUCCAAUGGAAGCAGAACGGUCUAUUAAAUUGUAGACAGAAACUGAAAGAAUUGAAAAGGGGAUAACUUGUACUAUUGUGGUGCUAUGUUGUCAGAUCCCAUGGACCCUGUUGAGUUAUACUCUGUUCUCAGCUCACACUUUGCAUAUGACUGACAUCAGCUUAGUGACUGUCCUACCCUUUUCUUGACUCACUUAAGAUUUAUUUAAUGCACAUGUACAAAACCUACUGAACAUUGUUCUAAGGGCUUGGCGUUUAUAAACUCCUUUAACCCUGCUAAGCACUUUAAGAAUAGAUAUGCUUAUCCUUCUUUUUUAUAGUUGAUGUACAAUAACUCCUAUCAUUGUUAUUUUAUGGUUGAAGGGAGUGAGAUCCAGAAAGGUUAAGCCACUUGCCCCAGAGUCAGGGUUAGGAAGUGCUAAAAUCGAGAUUUGGAGCCAAGCCUUCUAAGGGCUUAAGGAUGAGGAGUCUGGUGCAUGGUGAUUACUUGAAUUGCGGGAGCUGUCAUUUUUCUGUUACUGUUAAUGUUAUAUAACCUUCACUGUUCAGAAAGUCAGUGCUGGAGAUGGGCUUUUGGUGGUGGAGAGAGGACACUUGAGUCUAGCAGGGAAUUCUGCAGUUAUAGUGGGAGGAUACCAGUACUUAGAGCCUCCUAGUCAGUGUUAACUGAAACUUUGCAAAGACAGACAGGCCACAGUGCCUGGCUCAUAGUAAUCCCUUGACCAGUGUUAAUCAUAGCCACUGACUGACUUGGGUUCAAACCCUGGCCCUGUAGUUACUUGCUGUGUGACCUCGGACCUGCCACUCUAAUCUGUAACUUGGAGAUCACUUCUACUUUUUACCGUGGGUGGUUGUGAGGAGUCACUGAGAUGUGAACAUAUUCAGUGCCUGGCAUGUAAACAUUCAGCAGGAGCUACUGCAUGGGCACUGGAAUCAGGGAGAACUUGUUUUUGAGUCCUAGUAAAGUGCUUGCUAGAUGUGGCAUUUGGCAAAUGACUGCACCACAAUGAGUUGGUUUUUUCAUUGAUUAAAAUGGGGCUCAUUAUAGUCCUCACUCAUGAGGAGGUUGUGAGGCAUCAGUGUGAUGCCUGGCAUUGGUCCUGGUGCAUAGAUAGUGCCUGGUGUGUGAAAUGCUGUUGUUCUGUCUAACUCACUGAAGCCUCUCCAUGCCUUUUGCUCUUUGAGAGGUGUUGGUUGUAUUGUCUUUGUCCAGUGGUAAAAUCCCAAAGGGAAAAGGGAUCUUAGGAGCCGAGUACAGGGUGAAGUGAUGUGCGUGGUCAUGUUCAUCAUCCUACUUGGGAGUAGAGGAGAGAGCCUCACAUCUGGGGACUUUGGGAAGGCUUCACAAAGCAGGCAGCCAAUCAGAGUGAUGGAGAGCUUGCCAGGAGGACAGGAGGAGCAAGCAUUCCAGGCACAGAUGGGGACACUGAGGCCCGACUGGUGAAGUCCCUUGCCAAGGUCACACAGCUAAUGCCAAGCUCUGGAGUUUGUUUGUUUUUUGCUGCACCUUGCGGCAUGUGGGAUCUUAGUUCCCUGACCAGGGAUCGAACCUGUGCCCCCUGCAGUGGAAGCGCGGAGUCUUAACCACUGGACUGCCAGGGAAGUCCUCAAGCUCUGGUUUUUGUUAACCUCAGUAUUCCUGGCUCCUAGAACAGUGCCUCACACACAGCUUCAGGGAGCAGAGUGAAGGCGAGGGAGACAAUGGUCUCUGUAACUAUGGCCACUUCCGAGUGGAUCCAGUUCUUUAAGGAAGCCGGCAUUCCUCCGGGACCUGCUGUCAAUUACGCAGUGAUGUUUGUGGAUAACAGGAUCCAGAAGAGCAUGCUGCUGGAUCUCAACAAGGAGAUCAUGAAUGAGCUGGGCGUGACUGUGGUGGGCGACAUCAUUGCCAUCCUCAAGCAUGCCAAGGUGGUGCACCGCCAGGACAUGUGCAAAGCUGCCACUGAGUCGGUGCCCUGCAGCCCCAGCCCCCUUCCAGGCGAGAUUCGCCGAGGCGCCUCUAGCGCCGCCUCCCGGAUGAUCACCAACAGCCUGAACCGAGACUCCCCACCUGGCACUCCCCCCAGGCGGCCGGACACCAGCACCUCCAAGAUCUCUGUCACUGUGUCCAACAAGAUGGCAGCAAAGAGUGCCAAGGCUGCCGCAGCCCUGGCCCGCCAGGAGGAGGAGAGCUUGACUGGUCCCACCAAGCGGCGCCGGGUCACGGCCGAGAUGGAGGGGAAGUACAUUAUCAACAUGCCCAAAGGCACCACUGCCCGGACCCGUAAGAUCCUGGAGCAGCAGCAGGCAGCGAAAGGUCUCCACAGGACGUCUGUGUUUGACCGCCUUGGCGCCGAGACCAAGGCAGACACGACGAUGGGGAAUAAACCCACAGGAGUCUUCAGCCGCCUGGGGGCCACCCCAGAGACCGACGAGGAUCUGGCUUGGGACAGUGACAACGACAGCAGCAGCUCUGUCCUGCAGUAUGCCGGGGUCCUGAAGAAGCUAGGCCGGGCCCCAGCCAAAGCCAGUCCCCAGCCCGCACUAACUGUCAAAGCCAAGGCCACAAGCUCUGUGGCAACGGCCGCUGCCCCAACGCUGCGGCGCCUGGCAUUUUCCUCACGACCUGGGCUCGAGAGGAAGCCGGAGUCCCUAUCCAAAGUCAGCAUCGUCCAGAGACUGGGCAAGGCUGCCCUCGUGCCGGAGGCCCAGGACAGCCAGGUCACGAGCACCAAGAGUAAGUCCUCGGCUGAGGUCAAGGUCACCAUUAAGAGGACUCUGGUGGGGCCCCGGGGAAGCAGCUCCAGCGAGGGCCUUGGUGCCCAGAUGGACCACGCGGGCACUGUGAGCGUGUUCAAAAGACUGGGCCGCAGGACCUUCUAGCCCAAGGGCGGGGCGCAGGCCCCUCUCCAGCCUCCAGGCUCCAUCAGAGUCUUCAGCGAGGGCGCGCGCACGCCCCCUGCCGGCUGCCGGGCGACACUGCUUGUCUCCCUCAGGCAUUCCACCAGCCUGAGCUUCCUGGGGAUUCGCCCGGUGUUUCUGAGUCUGAGACGCUCAUUGUGGCCCGGCCUUGCCGCUCUGGGACUUUCCCUUCUCUCGCGUCCUCUGUUCUCUCCUCUCUGACCGUGGCCUUGGCAGGACACACUUUUCUACCUCUCCAAGUGCCAAGUGCCCUUUUCCUGUCCUCCAUUCCCCAUCCUCCCUCUCAGCAACAUCUGCUGCCUCAAACCCCGGCUCCGGGCCUCCCUGUCCCCCAGGGUGGGUGUCGUCUGAAGGGGCUCCCGUAUCCCCCACCCCCCUGGCUUCCUCACUUCCCUCCCUCCUCUGCCCCCUGCCCCCGAUGCUUUGACUUCUCUCUCUCCGUCUCUUCAAUCUGUUCAUUUCUUUUCUGUUUUCUGUCCCUGUGGCAAGGCCCGACUGUCCGCUGCGUCCUGCCUGACCCUCCUGCACCUCCGGCCUCCCAGCGGCCCCCUCGUCGGCGGCGGUGGCGUCGAGCCUGUAGAGACUGUUAGCCGCCGUCACUCCUAGGCUGGAGGGACCUCCCCAGUCCCCAGGCUGCAGCUGGGGCACCUGCCUGGGCAUCUUUUUCCCUGAAAGUCGGUGGCGGGUGGUGGGUAAGGGGCACUAAGAAGGGAAGCCAGCACCGAGAGAAGAAAACAGCUAUUUUAAUAUAUUUUUGUGACUUUCA